AGUUUUGGAGCUGCCAUCAGGCUGCCUGUCCUUCAAGUCGUCCUUCCUUCCCGGGUAGCUCCUAUUGCUUUGUCUUCUGGAAACCAGAACCAUGCGUGCAUUUCCCAGGCUUCCAGUUCCCAGAAAAGAUGUGAUCUCUUAUUUAAGCAAAGGGAAGCAAUCUGGAUGCUGGACCAAGAAGGCCUGAGGAGCUGCUCUUCAGAGCAAGAGAUCAGACUUGAAAUGAAGGACACAACUGAGGAUCUCAACCCAAGAAUUAUAAGUCGCUGUAACUUUACUUGGAGAAAAAUCUGUGCUACACAUGAGAAAAUCCACACUGGCAAGAAACCUUAUGAAUGUAACCAGUGUGGAAAGGGUUUUAGAAAAAGGAGAGCUCUUACUAUACAUCAGAGAAUCCACUCUGAAGAGAAACCUUUUGAGUGUAACCAGUGUGGAAAGGGUUUUAUAAAAAGACAAACUCUUACUGAACAUCAGCGAAUCCACACUGGGGAGAAGCCUUAUGAAUGUAAUGAAUGUGGAAAGGCUUUUAGAAAAAGGGGAACCCUUACAGUACAUCAGAGAAUCCACACUGGAGAGAAACUUUAUGAAUGUAACCAGUGUGGAAAGGCUUUUAGAAACAAGAGUAAUGUUAUUGAACAUCAGAGAAUCCAUAAUGGAGAGAAACCUUAUGAAUGUAACCACUGUGGAAAGGCUUUUAUAAGAAGAGUUUCUCUUAUUGUACAUCAGAAAAUCCACACUGGGGAGAAACCUUAUGAAUGUAAUCAAUGUGGAAAGACUUUUAGUUAUAAGGGAAAUCUUACUGAACAUCAGAGAAUCCACAUUGGGGAGAAACCUUAUGAAUGUUACCAGUGUGGAAAGACUUUUAUACAAAGGGAGUCUCUUACUGAGCAUCAGAGAAUCCACACUGGGGAAAAGCCUUAUAAAUGUAACCAAUGUGGAAAGACUUUUAUACAAAGGCAAUCUCUUACUGAACAUCAGAGAAUCCACACUGGAGAGAAGCCUUAUAUAUGUAAUCAAUGUGGAAAGACUGUUAGAUAUAAGCGCAAUCUUACUGUACAUCAGAGAAUCCACACUGGGGAAAAGCCUUAUAAAUGUAAUAAAUGUGGAAAGACGUUUAGAUAUAAGCGAAAUGUUAUUGAACAUCAGAGAAUCCACACUGGGGAGAAACCUUAUGAAUGUAACCAAUGUGGAAAGGGUUUUAGGUUUAAGGGAAGUCUUAUUGGACAUCAGAUCAGCCACACUGGAGAGAAAUCUUAUGACUUGAUGACAUUCAGGGAUGUGGCUGUGGACUUCACCCAGGAGGAAUGGGGCCUCUUGGACCCUCCUCAGAGGGAGUUGUACAAGGAGGUCAUGUUGGAGAAUGCCCGGAACCUGCUGUCCCUGGGGCUUCCAGUUCCCAGAGAAGAUGUGGUCUCUUAUUUUAAGCAAAGACAAAUACCCUGGAUGCUGGAACAAGAAGGCCUGAGGAGCAGCUCUCCAGAGCAAGAGAUCAGACUAGAAAUGAAGGACACUACUGAAGAGAAAAACCUUUCUGUGGUAGAAUCUCACAGGCCAAGAUCCAUAAGUCACUGUGACCUUACUUGGAGAGAAAUCUGUGCUAAACAUGAGAAAAUCCACACUGGGGAGAAAUCUUAUGAAUAUAACCAGCAUGGAAAGGGUAUAAGAAAAAGGGGAACCCUUACAGUACAUCAGAGAAUCCACACUGAAGAGAAACCUUAUGAGUGUAACCAGUGUGGAAAGGGUUUUACUGAAAGGAAAGCUCUUCAUGUACAUCAGGAAAUCCACACUUUGGGGAAACCUUAUGGAUGUAACCAGUGUGGAAAGACUUUCAGCAGAAAGGGAUAUUUUACUAUACAUCUGAGAAUCCAUACUGGAGAGAAACCUUUUGAAUGUAACCUAUGUGGAAAGGCUUUUACUGAAAGGAAAGUUCUUAAUGUACAUCAGAAAAUCCACACUGGAGAGAAACCUUAUGAAUGUAACCAAUGUGGAAAGGGUUUUACAGAAAGGAACGCUCUUACUGAACAUCAGAGAAUCCAUACUGGGGAGAAACCUUAUGAAUGUAACCACUGUGGAAAGACUUUUAGGCAAAAGUCACAUCUUACUAGACAUCAGAGAAUCCACACUGGAGAGAAACCUUAUGAAUGUAACCAGUGUGGAAAGGCUUUUAGACAUAAGGAAGCUCUCACUGUACAUCACAGAUUCCACAAAGGUGAGAAACCUUAUGAAUGUAACUUGUGUGGAAAGGCUUUUAGCAAAAAGACAAGUCUUACUGGACACCAGAGAAUCCACACUGGAGAGAAACCUUAUGAAUGUAAGCAAUGUGGAAAGGGUUUUAUACAAAGGGAAUCUCUUAAUAGACAUCAGAGAAUCCACACUGGAGAGAAACCUUAUGAAUGUAAGCAAUGUGGAAAGGGUUUUAUAAAAAGAUAUUCUCUUACUGAACACCAGAGAAUUCACAAUGGAGAGAAACCUUGUGAAUGUAACCAUGUGGAAAGACUUUUUUACAAAGGGAAUCUCUUUCUGAACAUCAAAGAAUCCACACUGGAGAGAAACCUUAUGAAUAUAACCAAUGUGAAGAGACUUAGAUUUAAGGGAAGUGGACAUCAGAGAAGCCACACUGGAGAGAAAUAUUAUACAAUACAUACUGGGAGAAACCUUAUGAAUGUAACCAAUGUGAAGAGACUUUUAGAUUUAAGGGAAGUUUUACUGGACAUCAGAGAAGCCAAGCUGGGGAGAAACCUUAUGAAUGUAACCAUUGUGGAAAGACUUUUAGAUAUAAGCAAAGUCUUACUGGACAUCAAAGAAGCCACACUGGAGAGAAAUCUUAUAAUCCAGCGGCUUUCUCCAUCAGGACUUGCAAGACAUCAAUAUCCCGGCCCUCUCCAAAGGACUAAGGGUGGACCUUGCCAGUGUCCUUCCUCGUCCUUCCAGAGAGCCUUCUGUGUGUUCUACGGCAUUUGAAAGCCUGUUUUCAUAGAGACUUGUUUUCUUUCCUGUCUAUAAGAUUGUGCCAAAUGUAUCAUUCCUGGAGAGAGGCCGGUAUCCCUAUCUAGGCACAAAAAAUUGUGAGGGUCAGGGGAGGAGCCUCGCAUAGCAUAAGAGGAAGUACAGAGGCCUUGAAGCCUGAGGAAGCCGGAUGUAAUUUCUGCAGCCAACAGGCAUCGCCUCCCGAGAAAGGAAAACAUCUCCUUCCAUAUAGGAUGUGCAUGUGACCUCACAGACCCUAUAUAAGUAGUGGGGACCAGGAACUAGAUGGAGUUCAUUAGGAGUUCACUAGGAGGUUGGGAGGGAAUUCAGUGGUAGUGCAGGAUGCGAUUGCAUGGAAUAAAGACUUGUGCUUGCAA